UCUAUUCAUUAAUUGUUUAAAGGUUAUUUGAUUGAUAUAUAAAUAUAUAGAUAGAUUUUUAACAAUAAAGAUUAAAUUAAAAUGUCUGAAUAAUUUGAUAAUUAGUAUCAGAGCAAUUAAAACGCAGCUCCUUCAGGAGCGGCAGCAGGGAAAAUCGAUACUUAGGAAAAUGAUUAUCUCUACUAAAAGCGCCCACUAACAUCUUAUGGAUAGAAUAAUUAAUAAGCGCAUUUGAGCUCGUUAAGUAAUUCUUAAGCAAAUAUCCACAAUUAGCGUAUUGGCGUGUUAUCGCCCAAGUUUGCAGGAAGUUUAAAAGCAAAUAGAUCGAGUUAUAUCCGUCCUAGCACAGUUUCAACAUAAAAUGGAGUUUAUGAUCCAAGCUAUAAUUAAUCCACAACCAAAUCUUAAAAAAUGCCUCAAAUAAACGGACAGACAACAUCAGGAGCAUUUUUCUUUGACAAGAAUCAAUAACCAAACAAAAAGAUUCCUAAUAACAUACUGCAUGAUAAGGAAAAGCUUUAUGAAAAUUUGUUACAACUUAGAAAUUAAAUAAAUGUACUUUAGGAGGAGAACUUGAAACUGAAAACAAAAAAUUUAAAUCUUGAAAGGGAAGCCAAGAAAUUUGAAAGAAUUAUUGAAGAAGGUAAUAUCAAAUCCUCAUCUGGAACAGCAAAUUAAUAAAAAGAGAAUGCUUUAAGUAUCAGACUCAGGAAGUAGCUUAAGGAGUGUCUCAAAGAAAUAGAACAAAAAAAUAUUGAGUUUGAAAACUUUAAGAGGCAAAUUACCACAACUAGGCUUUAAGAAUUAGAGAUAGAAGUUAAUGUUUUAAGGGAAGAGUGCAUUAAACUUAAAAGCAAGCUAGAUCAGUGUCUUAAAGUCAACUAAGGUUUUGGAUUCGAUCAAACUGGAGGAUCUACAAGGUCUGGAGAUGGAUUAGUUGGUUUAAACAAAAAAGUUGAAGCUCUUAAAAAUGACAAUUUAGAAAUGGCUGUUUUGAUUUAAAAAUUAGAGAAAGAAAAAAAUGAAAUAAAUGUGAGAGAAAAGGAAUGUGACAGAUAGUUGAGACGCCUCUAAAAGGAAAAAAUGUUUAUGCAAAAACAGAUUUAACAGUAAGAGGAAGAGCUUAGAAAAAGUAGAAUGGACGGGAUGAAUUCUCCUUAUGGCAGAAAGUAAUCUUAAAAUUCUAACUAGAAUCAUGGGUUAGCUGAUUACAAUUCUAAAUUGAAAGCAGACUUAGAAAAGAUUGGAAAAGAGAAUGGCAAAUUAAACAAUUAGUUGAUGAUCAAGAUCGAAAAAAUAAAAGAAUUAGAGGAUAAAUAAAGAAGAGAUACUCAGGAAUGGCAAGAAAGAAUUGAAUCAAUUAGAAUACAAAAAGAGAUAGCUGAAAGAAAUUAUAACUAAGAAUAGUUGAUGAAUAAAAAUUUAGAGGAUAAAAUAAAAGCUUUGGAAGAUCUUUUGGAAUAGUAGCAACAUUAAAAUGUCACAGAGCUUGUCAGAGCUGAUUCUGAUUAAUUGUUUAAAUAGAAAAAAAAUGAAAGCUAAGAUUCGACUCCUUAUACUUAAAAAGCAUCAUCAUAAUAAUUGCAACAAUAAUACUCAUAAUUCCACUAAAAUAAAGCAAGUGAAAAUAACAGUUCAAGUUACCCUACAUAGCAUUAGUAAUAAUAUUCAUCUUAAGCUAACUAUGAAAAUACAAACAAAGAUUUGUAAAAGCAAUAAAAUGUUCCAAGCUUGUAAGCACAAAUCCAAGAAAAAAUAAGAAACAAUUCUUCCAAAAGACCAUCAGAGUUGCUUUAAAAAAAAUUAAUGCCAAGAGUUAAUUUAUAUGAUGUCAACAAAAUCGGUAAAGAUUUAAGAUUCAGUUUAAAAACAAAGAAAAUCAGAUUUGAAGAAAUUGAUCAUUAUUUAAUUACACCUGAAUUAAGAAAGAGAGGAAAAGCCAAUAUUAUGGAAAUUGUUGCUAUUUUACAAAAAGAACCUUUCUGCAUAGCGAACGAUGAUGAUGCCUUGUCUGUGGCAAGAUAUAUGGUGGAAGAUAAUUCGGAGGAUAAAAUAAUCUUUGAUGAAACUAGAUCUAAUGACAUAAGUGUAAUAAAAACUGUAUUUAGGAAUCUAGUUGGUAAAUACGAAAUUCUUAGUCCUAAAGAGGAGCUCAAAAUUCAUGAAGAUGUGUCAGAUAUUUUUACUAAGUUCUCUUCGGGAUUGAAAGAAAACAUCCAACUUUACACAAAGUAAAAGAAAGAAGGAUAUUAAGAUGGUGUUUGUAAGUUAGAAGAUUUAGAGAAAGCUAUGAGCUAUUGUGAUGCUGAGUUUUCUCCAAGACACACUGAUUAUAUUAUUAUGAAAAUCUACGAAGAUUCAAAAGACACAGAAAAAGUUUAUUAUGACAAGCUCUUGCAUGUGUUUGAUCACAAGGAAUUCUUGAAAUACAAAGAAAAACGUCUUAAUGAAAUAGAAAAAGAUGAAAUUAUAGAAAAUUAACACCACCAUGAAUAAAAUAUAUAAAUAAAGGAAUAUGAUUAACAAGAAGAACAUCAACACCACUAGUAAGAUUAUGAGUAAAAUAACGAUGAAAAUAUUUAAAAUACAGAAUAGCAACAAGAGCAGGAAUACCAAGAGGAACAAUAUGAAAAUGAGAAUUGA